CCUAUGUACUGUACACAUGAUACACCACAUAAUUGUAAAAACAAUAUACAUGAAUACGGAUACAGGAGAAGGACGACACACUGUCAAACGACUCUCGAGGAGUAAUAUCCAACAACUACCUUAAUAGAAGAGAAGAAUACAAAGAAGAAGAAGAAGAAGCAAAACUGAUCAAUAUAGUUAAAUAUGCUUGAUAUAACAAUAGGCAACGACGACGGUAACAGCAGAAAUAGAACAGAAUACACACAGCAUAAUCAUCAUAAUGAUGAUGAUGUUUAUAAUGAUGAUGAUCGGCUACAGUCGACGUUAUCAACAUCCUGUUGUAUAGCCUCGUCCUUUGUGGGAUUGCCCGCCGCCGCUGCAUAUCGAAAGCACUGCACUGAUGAUAAAAGAAUUCCGCUCCUCCGCCGGCAGCAGCAACAGCAGCAGGAGAGGAGAAAACCAACUCCUCCAUAUGUGAAACUCCAGAAUAGAAACUAUUUAUGUACAUUUAGCCGUAUGGCGGCAAAAAGCAGUUUUAUAUAUUUUUUAUUAGUUUUAAUAGUUAACCUAAGCCGAAAUACUAGUGCUUAUCAAAAUUUAAAUGAAAGCUCAACUAAUUCUGGCAAAAUACUGCAACAACAAAAUGAGAGUCUAAAUGCCAACUAUCUACAUCAUCCACAACAACAACAACAUCUCAUUCAUAAUGUAGAGCGAACAGGGACAGAGACAAAUACUCACAUUAAUGCCAGUACAAAGAGAAAUAGUUAUGAUGACUACCACCAUGAGCAUCUGCAUCAGCAUCUAAAUGAUAUUGAUAUCUUUGGCUCAUAUAAUAUGCCAGAGGAACCAAUUUAUACAAAUGAAUUUGCCGUCUAUAUACCGGCUGGAAAAUCUGUAGCCGAUGAAAUAGCAGCAAAAUAUGGCUUCACCAAUAAGGGACAGAUUGGAGCUCUCAUUGACUAUUAUCUGUAUCAGCACCACCGCGUAUCUAAUAGUUCGAUUCGUUUGAGUCGCAAAUAUCACAGUGCCUUAAAGUCAGAGUUCGAGGUUAAAUGGCUGCAGCAGCAACAUGAGAAAAUUCGACGUAAAAGAGAUGGACCCUAUCAAGAUAUAUUACCCACCUACAGUCCGUACAGUGUUUUGCGUCAACCACCAAACGAUUACAUAAUCGAUCCGAAUUCGCAUCUUUCAUUCUAGCAUUGGUGGUGUACGCAUGUUGGAUGGAAAAGUUAAUGAUGUGGUUGAGGCACAAGCACAUUUGCAAGUCGCGAGAGAAUAAUGAAGAUCGUAAAAUUGAUGGCAGCUAUGGCUAAACAUUGUCCACUCACAUGGAUGUUAAUGGUUGCGCCGGCACUAUCAAUGAGGUGCGCUAUCUGGAGCAUGUUCAUAUAUAUCAUCAAGAAAUCCUCGUGCAGAGCCCAUGAAGAAUCAAUUGAUCAUCAAGGAUAAGACGAUCAAAUCGAUGAACACACUCAGACACAUCCACACACAAACAGCAAAUAGUUCUAAAUGCUAAAUGCAUAACUUAACUUAUUAAAAAAAGAAAAAGAAAAAAAAAAAAAAAAAAAAAACAAACAACAAACAAACAAAACAAGAAUUGACCCAAAUCCCAUCUAAUCUAUAACUAACAAUUACAUAGAUCUUUUUAAUUGUAAUCAUAAUUUCUUAGAUAUAUGUGUACUGCAGUAUUACUUGAGUAUAUCUCCUUUUUUUCGACAUGUCAUGAUCAUUUCAAAUAUACAUUUAUAUAUAUAUAUACCGAUCCAAUAA